ACGGGCGUAGAACGGUUCAGUGUGUGUUGAGCCGGCGUUGAUCGCCGUUCGUCGUUCGAGGCGUAUCAAUGUAAUCGUGAUACGUGCGGAUGAGUCACGAUUCCUCGCCAAAGAAAAAAAAAAGGAAAAAAGGAAACGUGCCUCGUGGGCGUUCGCGAAUCGUUCCACUCGAGGAUCACGUAUCGUGGAGUGUAUUUAAAUCGAACGUUAAAUAUAACAUUAAGCGAGGGGAAGAUCGAGCGAGUGUGUGACAGCGUGAGAUUUGACGCGUGUUGGAGCCGGGAGGCGUAUGUUGCUCUCCUGGAAGUUCGAUCGACGUGAACACAAUUGGGAGAAGAAUUGUCGUGAGGGAUGCUUUGAGACACCGGUGGAGUGGUUUCAUUCAAGGGUGAAAGGGCAUACGAGCAGAUCGAGGCAUGUCCACGUAUUGGCUGAACGUGGCCCUCAUCAGGGUUCUGUUACCGCUCGUCUUCACCGGAUGUGUAGUAUGGAGGCCUGUAGGAUUGUCACUAGUUUAUUUGGCUCUGAUGCUAUAUUCGCCACACGUGCCAAUACCGGACGCAAAAACAAUGGCCGGCCACACGGGCCACUAUUUAAAAACUUGCAUCGGCCUGUCUUUUCUCACGACAACCAGCCAAAUCACUUUCCACAUAGUUUUAUUGGCCCUGCCUACUUACGGACACUUCCUCCGCAAUUGCGAACCUAUGGAAGUGAUCUUCAGACACUUAGGUUUCGUAAGGCUAGAUAGCGCGACCGAAUGGGAGAUAUUUUUCUGGUUGACGCCAGAAUUAAUCGUCUUGCCCAUUAGUAUAAUAAUAUAUUUCAUAUGUCGUUUCCUAUCGCAAAAAACGAUCACCGAAGAAGGCGACGCCUCGUUGCAUCAAAACAAUGGUCAGAUCAUCAACUUCUUAGGACGUAUAGGAACUUACGUGGUUCUGGCAUCGUUAUGCAUCACAGCAUCUCUGAGACCUUCGAUCGAAGGCGCUUUCUAUUUCCUCAUCUUCUUGGGAGCUUCGACCUGGUGGGCGUGCAACAAAGAGCUUCGAAAAGGGUUUGCCAGGCUGUGCAGGAUCUUAAUGGCAGUCGUGGUACUUCAUAUCGUGGUUCUGCUCAGCUACCAGAAUCAAAUACCUCAAGAAUUAAUACCCAUGAACAGCACUUGGCAACGAUACUUUGCCCUGAUUCCUGUCUAUCAAAUCAAUUGCUCCACUCCAAGAUACGUGGAAUACACCGAUCAUACAGAUUGGCUGAUUUACGGAUACUCCCUGAGACUGUUCUGGCUUUAUUUCGUUUUGGCGUUGCAAUCACAGUUCCUGAGCAAAAAGCCGUUGAUGCGAUUUGGGUCCGGGAGAACGGGUCUACUGCAAGAUUCAACCGGAAGCGUCAUCGUCCAGGAUGGCCAUCAGGAUGACAACAUUCAGAUGCAAAGUCUCAGCGAUGCUUGCCCAGAUGAACAAUCCGGAGUUAUCGAGCAUAUCAUCAUGGCCGUAUACUCGAUCUUCCAGUUGAUAAUUAAUUCGUCUUAUCUUGCAACGAAUAUCAUAAUGAUGACGUGGAGUAUAAUGUAUCACAGUUGGACAACUUUUGCACUCUUAUUAUGGGCAUUGAUCCUUUGGAUGGUCCCUAAUAAACGCGCUUUGAUGAUGAAGUGCUCUCCCUUCAUCGUUUUUUACUCAAUGCUCCUUGUCAUCGUGCAAUACGUCUAUAGCAUGGAUUUGACCGAAGAAGAAUUACCAACGCAAAUAAACGGGAUACAAGUGUCAGAAAUCGGUUUCAUAAAAACAUCUAAUUUAUACAAAAUACAUUAUCUUAUUUUCAAAACGUUAACAAUUAAUUUUCAGUGUCUAUUUCUAUCGAUGUUCUGGAUAACUAUGAGACAAUACACGGUCGAAAGAUCGAGGGAGAGACGUUCCUCGGCAUUGAGAGACAUGGUGGCACCAUUGCACGUAUCUGUUUCGACAGCUACCACAGCGAUGAAUCACGAAGCCCCGGAAAUUAAAAGCAAAUUCAUGUUAGAUGUCGGUAUACUUUUGAAAAAAUUAUUGACCAAGUUUUGGAUCGCAGUUGUGACUAUUAUGCUGUUCAUUUGUGGAAUCACUGGUGAACGUAUGACGGUGUUCAGAAUCAUUUACAUGUCUCUCUUCCUUGUUCUAGUUAUUACCUUCCAGAUAUCUUGGACAGUUUGGAGAAAGAUGAUGUAUCCAUUCUGGCUUACAGUUAUCGGUUAUUCUGUAAUCAUGCUGAUUCUUGUGUAUACUUAUCAAUUUCACAAUUUUCCAGAAUAUUGGAAUUAUUUGCAUAUCGACGAGAACUUGCAAAAAGAUAUCGGUUUAGAAAAAUACGAGAUUAAGGAUCUUUUCGUUAGAUUACUCACACCAACAUUCUUUGUAAUUAUUACGGUUCUUCAGAUCCAUUAUUUCCACAAAGAUUUCUUAGAAGUGACCGAUCUCGAAAAAUUCGGAAUCGAGGAUUCUCAAAUCGAACGACCGAGCCUUGGCCGUUCGAUUUUAACUAUGCCACCAUCCUCUCCAGAACAAAUUUUUCUCAAUGACGAAAAACCUAAAUACACGUUGAAACAGUUAAAACGCAUGUCUAAAAUAGAACUAGUAGCGUUAUUUAGCGAUAUAAUGAUGCAUGUAAAAAAUGUUUAUAACUACAUUUGGCUCUUCUUCGAAAUUCAUAUGCAAAAGAUCAUUUUUAUUUCUGUGAUGCUUCUCUGCGUCAACGAUGUCUGUGCUAUUAAUUUAAUAUUCGUCCUGAUAUCAGUUAUAAUGAUCAAUUUUCGAAGAAACAUCCAAAUAUGUACCGUGAAUAUAAUAGCAGCGAUAAUCGGUAUCUUAAUGGUUGGAAAAAUGCUGUAUCAAAUUCAAUAUAUCAAUCACAGCAAUUGGGAUAUUAAUUGCACGAUAAUUCCAGAGAAUCAUCAAUAUAGCAGCAAUAACACUAUGUAUAACAUAGCGGAAUGGUUUGGAAUAAAGAAAGCCGAGCCAGGAAAUCUGGCAGAGUUAUUGAAAGGCUACAUAGGAAUCAUAGUGGUGACCACUCUCAGAAAGAUAAUUAGAAUUCGACAAUGUUUCUACAGAAAAGCACGAGGAGAACCUUUGGACAGGCCUUAUGUCAUGUUCCCCUUAAUCACCAGACAGCAUGCUGACGAAGGAAUAUUACAAUGCGUGAAAUUCUUUUUCAAUUACGCAUUCUACAAAUUUGGCGUGGAAUUCUGUUUGAUAGGAAUCGUGGCGCUUAUCGCUACCAGACUCGAUUUCUAUUCAGUCCUCUAUGGUAUUUGGCUUUUAAUAUUGUUCUGUCUGAGGAGAAGAACCUUAUCCAAAAUUUGGCCCUUCUUCAAGUUUUUCAUUAUAAUUCUCCUACCUAUUCAAUACGCUUUCGUCGUGGCACCUCCCCCGUGGCUUUGCCUAGACUAUCCAUGGGAAAAGUCCAGAAUUUUGAGGGUAUUACAGGAAUGGAUGUAUCUGCCAGAUCCUGAUUUUCCACCUAAUGCUAGAAAAUUAAUGUGUGAUUUUCUGCUAUUAAUGAUGAUCGUCAGGCAAAGUCUCGUUUUCAAAAUCGAAAAGCGAAGCGAGGCAACUGGCCAAGAGUUUCCAGCCGGUCACAAUUAUUCCGUGUACGAAAACAUAGAGAAACCAAAUUUCGUAAAUCCUGUGAAGGAUUACGUGUCCCAUGCUCACACUUAUUUAGACAUAGUGAAACGUGGCGUAUUUAUAAGUUUGAUGUGGAUCGCUUUAUCGAUCGUGUUCCUGGCUGGAACAGAGAGGACUAAUCUGUUCUCGUUGGGUUACUUGAUCGGUGCAUUCGUGUUCCUCUGGCAAGGAAGCGACUUUUACUUGAGGCCAGUGCAAACGAUUUUAACAUGGUGGAAUUUGUUGAUCGGCUACAACGUGGUAGUCAUAUUCGCCAAGUCUCUGUUACAAGGUGUCGGUUGCGUGAUGAUAGAGCAGAUGCAAAUGGUAGCGUGUCCGUUCAUUCAAUUGUUCGGUAUAAUUUGUGUAAGAAAAUUCAAAAGUCCGAUCACCGAUCUGAUCCCGGAAAAAUUGGAUUGCGACGUGCCCGAGGAGGACAUAGGAAUGAUCUGGGACGGCUUGUGUUUCACCUUCCUAUUAUUCCAAAAACGAUUGUUCAAGAGUUACUAUUUUUUCCACAUAGUCAACGAAACGAAAGCUAUGAGCAUCCUGGCGUCGAGAGGCGCGGAAUUAUUGGAAGAGUUGCAUCAGAAACGCAUCGAGAUCCAAGAAAACAUCGAGAAGAACGUGUUGCAAAAGUUGAAAUUCAAGAUGGACCAGAUCAAAGCGAAUCAGAGGAAAAUUCAAGGCCCCAGUUACAGGGAGCCAGAGAUACACGCAGUUGAUACUCUCUAUCCAAGGACACGGCCGUUGUACAGAGUUCGCGCGCCAAAGACCAACAAAGAGGCUAUUAGAUCGGGUGACUAUUAUAUGUUCGACGAAUUGGACGACGACGACGUUACUGACAUGAUCCCGGACACCGAGUCCGAGAAGAGGGAAGCGGAGAAACGUCGCGAGUUGGAGCAACGCGGAAGAAGAAUGACCAUUUCCGAGUUGAUGAACACGCUGAUUAAGACAGACAUUGAGAUCGCGACGCACGUCGCCAUGUUCGGAGGGACUGAAAAGGACGCGCUGAAACUACGUCGUCGGAGUGAGCCUUUAACAAGGAAGAAAUCGUCUAUGUCGUAUCUCAGUGCACGUUCCGAGACCGCAGUGGCCACCGAUGCUGUUGAUACCACAUCAGCAGACGUAGAAACCGAAGAUAAAGACGUAUCCAUGGAGGAACGUGAGAAGACACCGGACAUUGAAGAAGAGAAAAAGGAUGAAGAGGAAAUACCGAAGGAAGAAAAAAUAUCGAUCGCGACGUAUUUCAAGUUUCUCAUAGUAAUGAUUAAUAGCACCUUCAUAUCGAUGACAAGAUACCUGAAUCGAUUUUCACGGGACUAUAGAUAUAUUCGUAAAGUUUUAACGAAAGAGAAAAAAUUAUUGAAGGCAAAGCCAGAUCUACACAUGGGGAUGCGACUUGGUAUCAAUCAAAUGUGGCAGCCAAUGACUUUAGUAGUAUUGCGCUUAUCGACUAAUGGAAAUACCGAGGAAAUUCACGAUGCUGGUGAAGGUCCUAGCCAACCACGGCCGCAAGAGCAGAGGAAAAGCAGCACACUGACGGUCUCUUACAUUCGAAUUCUGGCAUCGAGUUUGGAGCGAGGAUUGGACAUAUCCUCCUCCAGCACACUUUUCUCCGAGAUUUCACCUGUUCAACACGAUGAUGACGGUGGCGAAUUAUCAGAAGCCGAUCAACCACCAAUUAUACAAUUAUUGGCGUCUAUUUGGUUUGCAAUUUUGUCGCAUUCGUCUCUAUUUUGUUACUUCAUGGUAUUCCUUCAUCAAAUUAAAAAUGCAUCUGUUCUCUCCAUCCCUCUACCUCUCAUGGUAUUUUUCUGGGGUUCGUUAACCAUCCCUCGACCCUCGAAAACGUUUUGGAUAACGUUGAUCGCGUACACCGAGGCAAUUGUUAUAGUAAAGUGUAUUUUUCAAUUGGAAGUAUUGCCCUGGAAUCGGGAUCCUGCACCGAAUAACCCUCUCUUCACCCCUAGGAUUAUGGGAGUUGAACGCAAAUUUAAUUAUGCUCUAUGGGACUUAUUAUUGCUCCUCGUAGUGUUCUUCCACAGAUUUAUGCUCAAGUCAUUGGGACAAUGGACAUCUUUGUCUUUGAAACCAAGAAAAAUUAUUCCUUCGGCUUUAACUUUAGUUCCGUCUAAACCACCACCAUCCGAAAGAGGCCAAGGAGAGCCUGUAACAUUACGACCUGAAACGAAAGAUAAUAUUCGCGCGACGACGCCUAAAGGAAGAAUUCUAAACCUUCAACCAGCUGUGAUUGUCGGUGAAAGUGUGCGAACCAGUGAUGAGUAUGAGCAACUUGUCGCGGUUCAAGGGGAAGAAACCAGUCCUAUGGAGGAAGAGUUUAACAAAGUUAUGAAAAUGAUGAUCGUCAAAUAUACGGAACCAAUAAAACAUUUUUUCCAUAAAAUUAUUAGCCCAUAUGGAAAAGAAAAGACGAACGUAUACGCGUACAUGUUCCUCUGCGACUUUUUUAAUUUUUUGCUGUUCAUUUUUGGAUUUUCCGCAUUUGCAACGCAACAAGGUGAUGGUGGCGUCGCAGCUUAUUUACAAGAAAAUAGAGUCCCGAUGCCGUUUUUAUUGAUGUUGCUAUUACAAUUCUCAUUGAUAAUUAUCGAUAGAGCUUUGUUUUUAAAGAAAUCGAUCUUGGGCAAAUUAAUUUUCCAUUACUUUCUAAUACUUGGCAUUCACAUUUGGAUGUUCUUCAUUUUGCCAAGUGUAACUGAAAGACGAUUCAACGAGAGGCUACCGCCUCAAAUUUGGUACAUGGUCAAGUGUUUCUAUCUCUUAUUGGCAGCCUAUCAAUUAAGACAAGGUUAUCCAACCAGAAUACUUGGUAAUUUCCUGUGCAAGAAUUACAGUAUUAUCAACUACGUUUUAUUCAAAGGAUUCAUGUUGGUCCCAUUCUUGUUCGAAUUGAGAGCAGUAAUGGAUUGGAUCUGGACGGAUACUUCCAUGACAAUAAUGGAUUGGUUCAAAAUGGAAGAUAUCUUCGCCAACAUUUAUCAAAUCAAAUGUAUGCGAGGGGUAGAAACAGAUUUCCCUCAACCACGAGGCGAGAAGAAGAGUCAGAUAAGCAAAUACUUAAUGGGUGGUGCUGCUCUCUUUUUCAUGAUCGGAUUAAUAUGGUUCCCUUUGCUCUUAUUUGCCCUUGGUGGCACCGUUGGCAUUUCCAAUCUACCAUACGAGGUUUCCAUGAAAAUAAGAAUCGGCUCUCACGAGCCCAUUUACUCCAUGUCGGCGCAAGGUCAAUCCAUCAUGGAAUACAGCAAAUUCGAUUACACGAGAUUUGUCAAUUUGUACGCGAAAGACAAAGCUGCGAUUACUUUUCUCGAGAACUAUAUACAUUCUGAUGUUGCUGCUGUGAGAUUGAGCGGAUUCUCUAGAAAAUUAUGGAAUAUAUCUCCCCCAGACUUGGAAAUACUGAUAGAGGAAUUAAGAGAUAAUGAAACAACCGUGAUUAUUCACGUGGAGUGGACGGUGUCUCGGAAGACGGACGCGAAAGAUGCGACUGGGAUAACCACGACAGUUCGAGACAUAAAAUUGAAACCGUAUGAAAACAAGGAAUUUAAUCCCGUGAGAGAAACGUUAGCCAAUGUACUUUCCAAUUUAACGAUCCCUCAUACUAGCAUUAUCAUAUUGCCAUAUGCUUUCCCAAAAUUUUUGAAAGUAACCGGUCGAACCACCACCAUCGUUCCACAAUUGAUGAUGCCGAAAUGGAUGGAAAUAGAGGAUAGGAUAGUAAAAGAUAUUCAUCUGUAUAGAAACAUUAGUCUUUUUUUAUCUUCGGAACCGGAUUGUUGCUCGCAUAAAAAAUGGUGGGUUGUUAAUGAGGUCUGCAACGAUACUUUAUACGAAAAUUUAUUAAGCAGAGUGCCUCUAAAUGAUUGCAAAUACAUCAUGAUGUAUUUAUUCAAUGAUAAAACGUUCCCCGAAGGAUUGAGUUUUAUCAGCGGAUUAGGAAUAUUAGGUUUGUACACUACAGCCGUAAUAGUCAUAAGCCAAAUGACCAGAAGGGCGGUGACUGAUAUGGCGCCAAGAAUUAUGUUCGAUGAUCUGCCCUACGUCGAUAGGAUACUUCGACUAUGCUUGGAUAUUUAUUUGGUCCGUGAAAGUGGAGAGUUGAGCCUCGAGGAAGAUUUGUUUGCCAAAUUAAUAUUCCUUUAUAGAUCACCAGAGACGAUGAUCAGGUGGACAAGACCUCCCGAGGAAGGGGAGAGAACUGAUAACGAAGAUCAAGAUGACGCGGAUGAGGAUGCUGCGAUAUCUCGCGAAGUAUCUCGGCAAUAAAUUGUCGAACGUUUAUAAGGAUAUAAACGUUACGAACGAAACAAUAUUUGGCCUGUUCUUUGGCCAAGAACUUUUGUUGAAUCAAAGAUUUUGAAUAUUUUAUCACUUAUCGCGAAGUGAAUUCAUUAUCAUAAUUUCGGAUAGUUUCGGAUAAGACAAUAGUUCGCACACUUAUUGCGAAAGUGACGCGAAGAAUGGUUCGAAAAAUUCGAAAAACUCAGGAAUUUAUUAUAACCAUGUUUAUUGUUAAAGAAUUGAUUAACGAAGAUCGUUCCUAUCUUCGAAUAUGUAUAUUAUAAAGAUGUAUAUACGCAAGUAAUGCAGAGAGGAAAUGAUAUAAUUAAAAGAAGCGGAAGAUUUGAAAAUUUGAGAAAAGUUCGAGGAUACAUUA